UCAUCUUGUUCGACAAUUGGCGGGUAAUUUAGAGCGGUCAUUCAGUUUUGCUAUAAUGUUGAAUAGGCAUGUUCACGUGUAAUUUUUCCCUAUGCUAUAACGUUUGGCAUUUUUAAAUAAAUUUUAUUAUUUCAAUUUUCGAAUUAUAACUUCGACAGUACUAAUAAUUUUAAUUUCAUUUUUUAGAAAUUACCCUUCUGCAUUUUAAUUAAAGCAUAGUUAUUAUUUUUUAAUAUGAAGUCAAUGCCGAGCAAAAGAUUAAGCUUUUAAAAACUGUAUUCACCAAGUAUUUUAUAAAUUAUUUAUAAUCAACUUAAUAAAUUUGUAAUCCGAUAAUUGAAAAUCAAGAAUAUGCCUACUUCCUCCCCCCCGGACAUUUUUAUUUAUGUCUUUCCUUUUCCUUCAAUACAGCCGUGAUUUAUUUAUAUAUCUAAGGAUAAUUUCAUUGAAAGAGCUGUUUCCAGUUCAAACAAAGGGAAAGGAUCAGGUUUGUUUCUUUCAUAAUUCAAACAACUCCUACAUCAUGAAGCCCAUCCCACUCCAGACGAUUUGUGAAAACGUCAUUUUUGCCGUUCUUGGCCACGCCCCCUCAAAAAACUCCCCGCAGGCACUCGUAGGGAUCUCGCCAAAUUUUGGCGCCAAUUUUGGCGUAGAUCACGAUACGGAAAUCAUCCCUUAAUUCGCAGUUAAGAAGAGUUUUGUUUCAUAUGUCUUGCUUAUUUUAUGAAGUAUUUAUGUAACAUUAAAAAGUUUUCUUUGUUGCCGUUUUUAAAAUUCCCAGUUGAGAGCAAUGUUGCUUCAACAUUCUGCUUGUGAUUUGAAAUAUUCAAAAUGUUCGUUUAUGUUUUUAUAAAUAAAUCUCAUUACUUAGUAUUGCAUUAUUCUUUAACUGCUAAUAGUCAUAUGGAAAUCCCAUUUGCAACAAAUAAAGAUGCAGUAAUAGCUUACAACAGUUUGAGAAUUGACAAGGAACCAUUACGAGGCAAUGUUAUCAAAGAACUAGAAGUGCAAGAUAAGUUAUUAAUUGUGAAUAUAUCUGCUAAUGAUCCCAAAAAACUAAGAUCUGCUGUGAGUUCAUUUAUGGAUUUCCUCAUAUUAGUAAUCAACACCAUUGAAAAAUUUGGUCUCUCUCCAUCUUAGCUCUUAAGGUGGUUAUGCUGUAAAAAAUGUGUAAAUAAAUCAUGAUUUUAAUUUA